AUAUCUGGUCUGCCAGACAGCCACUGCCACUAAACUUCCAACCCUUUUUUCUGGUUUUAAAGAGAGAGACACCAAAACACAACACAGCAAAAAAGCCAAACCAAACUUUAAAAACACACACACAUCGCAUUAACAAAACGUUUCGUUUUCAUUAAGAAAUCAAAAUCAAAAUCAAAUCACAAAACCAAACCCACUCUCUCCCCCCAACAUUCCAAAAUCUUCACAGAGCAGAAACAGAUUCUCUCUCUCUCUCUCUCUCGCGGCACUCUCUUUGGAAAUACACAAUAUUUUGUUUAGGCUUUUGAGUCCAUCGAAGAUUUCUUGUCGGCUAUUGCUCUUGAUUUCUUGUGAUUUGUAUCUGUAGUAUAUGGUGGAUAUUCAUGAAAAGAAGAUUUGUUCGAGGUGAAAGCUGUGAUUCAUUAAGAUAGAUGAAGACAGCAAAAUUUUGCCGUUUAAGCACGGGCGAUAUGCAGAUCUUGCCCGGAUCUAGAUACCGUCCUCCGAUGAAGAAGCCAAUGUGGAUUGUUGUUCUGGUUUCAGUUGUUGCCGUAUUUCUAACUUGUGCUUAUCUCUUCCGGCCGCAAAACAGUACAGAUUGUAACAUGUUCUCUUCUAGAGGGUGCAACACUUUUUCUGAUUGGCUUCCUCCUAUUCCUUCAAGGGAUUACACAGAUGAGGAAAUUGCAGCACAUGUGGUUUUUAGAGAUAUUUUGAACUCACCAGUAGUUAUGCCACCAAAUCCAAAAGUCGCCUUCAUGUUUUUGACUCCUGGUUCUCUACCAUUUGAAAAAUUGUGGGAUAACUUUUUCCAAGGUCAUGAGGGGAAGUUCUCCGUUUAUGUGCAUGCAUCUCAGACUAAACCAGUUCACGUGAGCCGGUAUUUUGUUAAUCGGGAUAUACGCAGUGACCAGGUGAUAUGGGGUAAAAUGUCCAUGGUUGAAGCAGAACGACGACUGCUGGCAAAUGCACUACAAGAUCCUAAUAACCAGCACUUCGUUUUACUUUCUGAUAGCUGUGUGCCGCUAUAUAAUUUCGACUAUAUUUUCGAUUAUCUGAUGUAUACAAAUAUCAGCUUUGUCGACUGCUUUUGGGAUCCUGGUCCAGUUGGCAAUAGUGGCAGGUAUUCAGAACACAUGUUACCAGAAGUUGAACUAAAGGAUUUUAGAAAGGGUGCUCAGUGGUUCUCUUUGAAGCGGAAGCACGCUCUUAUAGUUAUGGCUGACCACGUGUAUUACUCCAAAUUUCAAGCUCACUGUGAGCCCGGUGUGGAUGGGAAGAAUUGCAUUCCAGAUGAGCAUUACUUACCGACCUUCUUCACGAUUGUCGAUCCUGGUGGAAUUGCAAACUGGUCGGUAACUCAUGUUGACUGGUCAGAGCAGAAGUGGCACCCCAAAUCAUAUAGGGCGCAGGAUAUUACUUAUGAGCUUUUGAAGAAUAUUACGUCUAUUGACGAAAGCGUGCACGUCACCAGUGACGAGAAGAAAGAAGUGCAAAUAUGGCCUUGCUUAUGGAAUGGAAUUCAAAAGCCGUGCUACCUAUUCGCUAGGAAAUUCAGUCCUGAUACAGAGGACAAUUUACUGAAGCUCUUCUCCAAUUAUACAUCCGCCUGAGCCAGCAAAUUUUUCUAUCAAUUCUUUGGUCGGAUCAGACGUUGAUUUCGGCCGUCUUCUUGGUUAAGAGUUGUACAUUGUAGCAGUAUUGAGUUUUGAUCACAUGAUAGCUGUUGAUAAUUGGUGCAAAUUAAAGUACUGGCAAUGCGGUUAGGGUGGUCGAUUGGAAGCUAAUGAUUUUACUGUUACUUCCUUGGUAAUUGAUAGCUUGAAUAUUUUCCCCCUUCCAUUUUGGUUUGGUAAAGUUUUGCAAUUGCAUAACAAAUUUUGGUGGGGAGGGGGGGGAUGGUACUCAUUUUCUGAUUGGUCCUUUGUAUACUCUCAAAAUGAAUAGCUGAAAUACAAAUAUAUUGUUGGCAUCUUGUUAGGGUAUUGCAUUUUUAAA